GCUUCCAGUAAAUGAAAUGUGGUACGAUAACUAAACAAUGUUCACGUUAUAACAAUUCUAGUGUAAAUUCAGUGUUAUUUGUUGAGAAAAAUUGCUUACAUUUUGCGGUUAAUAUGGAAAUCUAAAGAUGUCAGGAGGCAAUUCGAAGAAUAAGGCCCGAUCCUCCAAAACAGCAGGUUGGGAGGAAGCCACGGGGGAGUUCUACCAAGAACUAUACCCCGGAGCGGAACAGGAACUGUUUGACAACUUGCAUAGAGCAGAUGCUACAAGCUUGGCUACAUUACUGCCGUCUAAACAAGCUAGGAAUACAACCACAGCGAAGCGAGCUCGGUCUCAGAAUGAAAGGCGACAGUCGACGUUCGCGCGUAACACGCAAAACCGAGACAUUCAUUUGUCUAUGUUGCCAGAUCUAUCCGAGAAUCUGUCGAACGAGGAACGAACAUGGGACGAGAUUAUGCAAAUAAAAUCAAUGCCAGUGCCCAUGGCCCAGAAGAGGGACCUUAAAGCAUCUUUACAGAAUGCAACAAAACUACGUCUCCAAGGCUUAGAACAACUACACUGGCGGCAAAGAAAAGUAUGGCACCGCUUCCGUAUCCGAGCAGCAGAAAUUAUGGGUAAAUUAGAACUAUGGCAAUCACCUAUGCGAGAAAUCGAGGGGAAAUUCGGCACAGGAGUCGUGUCAUACUUCCUAUUUUUAAGAUGGCUUCUAUUUUUAAACAUAACGAUCUCUAUAUUCGUCAUUCUAUUUUUAAUCUUACCAAAGGUGUUGCUAGUCGAAAAUAAACAAAACUGCCAAGAUUUCCAGCCAAAUUCGACACAGUGUUGCUCUCAGGCGUAUUUACAUAAAAAUUUAACCGAUUCAAAUAUAAUAUUGGAUGUCAUUCAAGGUACCGGCAUGAUGGAAAGAACUAUACUUUUCUACGGAGUAUAUAGCGAUCAGAUAUAUACAUAUUAUAUUAAAGAUUUUAUCGAGUCGCAGAUGUACUACAAUAUGCCCUUAGCGUACAUAUUGGUGCCUAUAUCAUGGGCAUUUCUAAGCCUCAUAGCUAUAGUAAAGACCGGAGCUAAAGGUUUUAAAGAGAGGUUAGUUGAGAGCGAAGGGCAGUUUUACACGUAUUGUAAUAUCGUGUUUGGGGGAUGGGAUUUUUGUAUUCAUGACGACAAAUCGGCUAGAAUUAAACAUAAAGCGUUAUAUAAUGAAAUCAAAGGUUCCUUAGAAGAAGAACGUUAUAAGGAAGAAAAGCUGCGUAGUAGAGAAAGCCAAAUUCUGUUGUAUUUGAAGCGAUUGUUUAUAAAUAUAAUAGUUUUUAUUAUUUUGUCAGCUUGCGGCGUGUUUAUAUACCAUGUUUUGAACUUCUCGCAUGACCAGUUAAGAGAGGUCAGUCCUACAGACGUGACAAGCCCUUUUGUAAAUGUAACCAGACCGGAAAAAUUCAGUUUUCAUCUAAAAAAUCCUUUUAAUCAAUUAAAAAUUACGUUUUUCGAAUUCUUACCUUUUUUAUGUAUCGUAAUUUUGAAUAUAAUUGUUCCGGAAGUGUUUAGCUAUUUGAUCAAAGUCGAAAAUUACAAUCCUGCGCAUGUCAUUAUAAUUGCUUUACUAAGAACGGUUUUGCUUCGACUCUCGUCUCUGGCAGUGUUGCUAUGGCAAAUAUAUAUCUACGUAAACGAUGAACAUGGUUUAGAAUGUGCGUUUAAUAAAAAUAAUCCAAACUCAGUUGAAUGUUGGGAGACAUAUGUCGGUCAGCAGUUUUACAAGUUGAUUUUAACAGAUUUUGCUGUACAAUUCAUCACCACGUUCUUUAUAAACCUGCCGAGGGCUUUUGUCGCUCGACAUUCAACAAGUCGCUGCCUAAAAUUCAUAGGCGAGCAAGACUUUUAUCUACCAAAACACGUGUUAGAUAUAGUCUACACUCAAACAAUAAUAUGGAUGGGGUCUUUCUUCUGCCCUUUUCUACCUAUAAUCGGUACCAUAUUUUAUUUCCUCAUAUUUUACAUAAAAAAAUUUACAUGUCUCACCAAUUGUACACCGUCACCAGUAGUGUAUAAAGUUUCGAAAUCCAAAAGUUUGUUCAUGUCAGUUUUGUUACUUGGCUUUAUUCUCUCAAUUGCUCCUGUCGCGUAUUCUAUUGCAGAUAUUUUGCCGUCUAUAAAUUGUGGACCGUUCAGAGGCUUUAAUAGAGUGUGGGAUUUAGUAAUUCUUACUUUCGACAAGUUUCCGUCUUUACUACGAGAAAUUAUAUUCUUCAUCGGUACCUCCACUUUUGCUGUACCAGCUUUUGCUGUUUUAUUAUUCUUCCUAUACUACUAUUGGGCCGUUGCAACAGCCAACAGGCAUAUGGUGACAGUGUUAAGGAAUCAGUUAGUAUUAGAAGGCCACGAUAAACAGUUUUUGUUGAAUAGAUUAAGUGCGUUCAUUAGGCAGCAUCAGAAACGGUGUGAGAAAAGGAAUAGGGCCAGUUUUGUGGAUGAUGACGCGUCUAUUAGACAUAGUUCCAGGUAAAAAGAUUUUUCAGAAUAGAUUGUAGCUUUAAGUCAAAUUAGCCCUGGUAAAAUGGUCCCUUUUUGGGAUUUUUCUUCCGUUAAGUUCUUGUUGACUUUUCGCCCUGAAGUGCCGAGAACAGUUUAGAUAACUAUUAGGCUCAAUUUAUGUUGCGGCGAAACUGAAUGGAAGCGAAUUUUUGUAACGAUAUUGUACAUAGCGUAAUGAACUUAAUUGUGUAACGUCCAAACUAGAUACGAGGCAAAAAUCACGCCGCGCGUCUUCCGCGGAAUUCUCGCGCAUGCUGGAGAAUGUUCGCGCAUUCGCGAGAAUUCCGCAGCUGCCGUCAGCGACGCCUGGCAAUUCCGCGGGAGGCAGACGCUGUAUGACGUCAAACGUUGAUGUCACACAAUAAAUACUACAGCCUCAAGGCGCAGUCGCCAGAAAAUUGGCGAAAUUGAUGCUUCCGUUCCAUUCAAAUUGAGCCUUAUCCACAGUCCGAUUUCACCCACAGCUGGCUAAAAUCCUGCUGUAGUUUGUGCCAUGCACCACGAAUUUGUACUAGUCUCACCAAUCUACGGCCCGCAACUUUGACAAUCUCAUCCACCCGUCUCGCUACAGGCGUCACAAGUUUCUGUAACCAUUUCCUGGCCACCGUUCGAUUGUCGCUUUACUUCAUCUGUCAUUACCACACCUCGCAAUAUGUUGUGCCUAGCUCCAUUUUUCUACUAGUCAUGUCCUAUGGAGCAGAGACAUGCACAAAUUGAACGUGUGAUGGAGCAAGCUAUAUUUGAGGUUUUCUGAUGGAUCGAAUUCCUAAUUAAGUCAUACGUCAGAGAACUAGCGUGACCAACGUAGCUUGCAAAAUCUUGUAAGCUUAAGUGGCAAAGGGACGGGCAUGUCUGCAGGAAAUCUGGCUGGAUGCGCACGGUACAGGACUGGGAAACUUGACGUGCUGAGGGGGAGGCUUAUGUCCAGCAGUGGAUACUGUAAGCUGAUGUAGUAUUAACUCUAUUUUAAGUUCAUUAUCCGAUCUCCUAUGUCCUAAACCAUUUAAUUUUAAAUCAAGUACGUUAAGUUUUGUUCGAAAUGACAAUACUCAAAAGUUUGACAGGUGAUUAGUAGAAACAGUUAUAUAAAACGGUAACACACAAAAGUUUGAUAAAUAAUGAAUAGAAGCAAUGGUUUAAAGGGCAACACUGAGUCGGAAAGGCAGUGCAGUCUUGAGGCUAAAGCUGUAAAAUUGACUUAUGCCAGGAAAAAUCCCAAACUUAUGGGACAUUUUAUCGGGACUAUUUACUGGAAUACUAUACAUAAACGUUUAUAAAAUAUGUAAAAGAAAACAAUAUCUAAAUGACAAAAUAUACGAGAAAUCUGUAAAGUCUACAAACGAUUGUAAUAAAAUUGUUGUAAGUCAAGAGUACGUGCCGAACUAUUUAUUUUUUAAUUUUUUUGUGCCUCUCACUUUAAAGAGUUGUAAAAAAUUUGUCUUCUAUUUUUAAAACUCACGAGUUGCUUUUGGACCCUUAAAGGGUGACGCCAUCUUGAAUUUUGACGUCAAUGCCCGUAGUAUCAUUAGAAAAAUUAGUUCUAUAAAAUUCUACAACACGGCAAGGGUCAAAAAACUAACUUGUCAGUAUUUUAAUACGUAAGUUUUUAAUAAUAUUAUUUAAAUAACUUUUAAUUACUUUUUUAAAUAUAUACAUCGUAAGUUAUUUGA